CCCCUCCCAUCACAAACUCACCAUUUUUUUUCUUGUAGAUUCUUCCAAGUUCAUCAAAACCCACAAAGAUCUUCGAUCUUUUUUCAAACAAUUUCUAUCCAACAUUAGGGAAUUUCGAUUUUCUUGAUUCUACGUUUGUCUAUGAGACAAACAAUGAGAUUUCGAGGAGAUAUUUACAACGAUAGGAGAACAGAUAAAUACAGAGUGUCGACAGGUUCUAGAGAGAGAAAGACAGAAAAGGAGCACAUGAUUUUAAGCUGAGUUGAAUUUUAGGGGUUUAUUCUUCUUCUGCUUAAGUAGUAUAGUUGAUGAUGGCGUGAGGAUUAGUGACCUUCAAUUGUUAGUUUCUUCACAGUUCAUGUUUGAUUUUCGGUUUAACUGAGAAAUUUGUAGUGGAAUUAGAGAAUUUUUUCGAAAGAAAUGAUGACUCCUGGGGUCAAUUUGGUGAUGACUGUAAUCGGAUUUACGGUGAGUACUAUGUUCAUCGUCUUCGUGUGUACCAGACUCAUCUGUGCUCGUAUUCAUUACAUAUCAUCAAGACGAUCCUUUCGUUUGUCUUCUAGAUCUGAUCUCAACGCUUUGGAGCGUGGUGCUGAACCUCUCGUUGCAGCAAGCUUUCCUACGAAGAAGUACAGCGAUCCGUUCUUUUCUUGUGCAAAAGAUGCUCAAUGCGUGGUUUGUCUUUCGGACUAUCAGGCAGACGAUACGCUCCGCAUUCUGCCAUUUUGUGGACACUUUUUCCAUUCAACGUGUAUCGACAUAUGGCUGCAGCAGCACUGCACGUGUCCGGUGUGUCGAGUCUCGUUACGUGAGAUCUUCGAGAGGCGGUGCUUGAUGCAGCCCAUGUUCAGUUCGGCGGUUAGAUUUUCGUCAAGAGGCGAUGACGGUCAUAGGAUGGACCCCACCACCGAUGGUCAACUCCAGUCAACUGAUAAUGAACAAGAAGUUAGACCGGACAACUCAAACACGAACGGGAACAGUUCUGGUGGCUCGAAAAAUUCAACGAACAAACGAUUCGAAAGCCCCUCAGAUGCGUAGGUGGUCACAGUAAAUGAGUGAUGGUAAAAGUAUCAAAGAUGUGCAAGGGCAUUAUCGUCUUUUGUCUACUACUAGUAUUUGUAAAUAUUGAAAAAUCAAAAGAUUGUUUUUAUUAUAGUUGUAUGCAUAUAUAGAAGGUUGACUUUUUUUGUAUUGACCAUGUCUAAUGUUGUUUGGUUACAACAUUUGUGUCAUGUUUUAUGGAUAUGUUACUAAUGACAAUUGGAUUGAUCGAAAA